AUGUGUGCAGGUGUACUCAUGAAAGCAGGCCCGUUAACGUUUAUUAGAGUGACAGCACUGAUGUUUAUAAAAAUUCCAGCAUCAUAUACGUUGUUUGUGAUAAUCAUCUACUUAAAUAAUGUGUGGAAUUUAAGCGUAACACAUGCUGCUGGUAUCAUAAACAUAUGGAAUGGAAUCACGCCAACUUUGACCGUUGUCUUUGCCUGCUUUGCUGAUACCUUCACUGGCUCUUACUACUAUAUGCUUAUGCUCUCUAACAUCGCCUACAGUAUUGGAUUAGGAUUACUGGCCUUGUCAACGCCAGUUUUCUUUGGUUCAUGUAACGAAUACAAGGAGGACUGCAUUGGCCACACACAAAAAGUCCUGUUCUUUACUGCCUUAUCAUUGAUAUCAGUUGGACUGGCUGGUCAUGAAGCCUCGUUACCACUCUUUGUAGAUGCACAAAAAAGAAGUGACGACAACGAUAAUGAAACAGCAGGAUUUAAGUACUUCCAUGGAGUGAAAUUUAUGUUUCUGUAUAUGCAAACAAUUUCAUUAGCAGUUUUAGUCGGACUUGUUGCACUCAUAUAUGUAAAACCGUGGUCAAAACAAUUUGGGAUUCCAGCUAUAUGUUCCUUGGCAGUAACUGGGUUCUUCUUGAUUGGAUCAUACAAACGUAAUAAGCCAGGGGGGAACCCUUUUAAGACUGCUCUUAGAGUAUUCGUAGCUACUGCCAGUAAAUAUCUUCAACAAGUUCAAAGUAAAAACUUUACAGAGACCUACAAUGAAGAUGAUACUUCUCCCACCAGCAGCCUCAGGUUCUUAGACAAGGCUGCUACUAAGUAUCCUGAUCAGGCAAUGUCAAGAAGUUGGACGCUUUGUACCGUGCGUGAAGUAGAAGACACCAAGAUUGCUAUUAGUCUGGUUCCAGUGUGUCUGACAUUCAUUGUGAUUGGAAUAGUUUCAUCGUUAAAAGCCACUUAUUUUAUCCAGCAAGCUAAUCACAUGGACCUUAAACUUGGAAGCAUAGAGGUCCGGAUUCCAAUCUUUCUUCUCUUCUAUACAAUCUUUGGCGAUAUAUUUCGAAUGAUAUAUACUUUUUGCUUCGCAUUAUGUUUCUCAAAACGUUAUGCACCGCCGAUUGGGAUUGGCGUGGGUAUUAUAUUGUCUGUAUUAUGUUGCAUUACUGCUGCAAUAGUGGAAACCCAAAGGCUACAUGCUGUUAAGGAUCAUGGGUUACUAGACAAGCCGAACGACAAAAUUCCAAUGAGUGUAUUUUCUCUGCUUCCACAGUUUGCUCUUCUUGCAGGUGCUGAUGCGAUCACAGAUUUCAGUUUUACAUUUUUCGUUCAGUAUCAACUUCCUGAGUUUCUCCGAUAUAUGAUUUAUUUCAAAGAUUCUGUGAUGGGAUUAGGAACCAUUGCUAGUGUAUUAUUGGUCUAUGUUGUUGGGAAGGUGAGUGAGAGGAACAACAAUCCCAACUGGUUUCAACAUUCUUUAAAUAAAAGCCGCUUGGAUCGAUAUUAUUGGACAUUGGCGGCAAUCAGUGCAGUUAAUCUUGUUCUCUACGUCGUUGUUGCCUGUUUUAACAAUCACGAGAGUCCUCUUCCUGAAGCUGAACCCGAGGCCGGGGCCGGGGAUGAACCAGAGGCCGGGGUGGGGGAUGAACCCGAGGCCGGGGCCGGGGUAGCACCCGAAGCCGAAGCCAAACCCCAAGCCGAAGUGGUUGCUGGUAUUCAAAUUGAUGAUGACAUGAUGGGACAGCAGAAAAAAGGCUAA